GCAACCGCCCGCGCCGCUGUUAAUCUCCCGGCCCGAACUACACGCAGCUGCGCCACGCGGUGGUGGAGCUGCCGAGAGGAAGGGGGUGGGGCCGGAACCUACCAAGUGCCGGGGGGGGGCAAGGAAUGGGACCUCCCCGAAGGAAUGGUACCGCCCUUCCCGGCCUGCACCGUGCGGGGUGCUAAGAUGGCUGUGCGGUGGCUGGGUGCCGUAUCGUGGCGGCAGGCGGCACAGGUCCGCGGACGGGGCUGUUUGCAGGCGCCCGGCUCCGGGAGGGCGCAGACGGGCAGGCUUUGUUCAGGAAGUGCAUCACUUCAAAAGACUGUAUCUGAUCCAGAAGUUCCCAAAGAAGUUGUAAUUCCAAGAAGGAAAACAUGGGAUAAGCUUGCAGUUCUUCGAGCACUUGCAUCUACAGUAAAACGUGAUCCCACUGCAGUUCAUUAUAUGUUUCAUGAUGACCCUUACCUUAUUCCAAGAACCUCCUCAGAGCUCCAUUUAUUUGCACUCAGUAAGCAGUCUGGAAAAAAUGCUGCAAAAUACAUCAUUAAUGAAUUUCCUCAAUAUUUUGAGAGAGAUAUUGCAGAACCUCAUAUCCCGUGUUUGAUGCCUGAGAACCUUAAACCUCAGAUUGAAGGAGUGAGUGAGGCAGCUCUUGAAGAACACAUCCAGCUCAGGAAAGUAAAAGCUUCUGUGGACAUGUAUGAUCAGCUCCUGCAAGCAGGAAAUCCCGUAUCUCUCAAGACAACGAACAGACUUCUGGAUCUCUUGUGUUUCUAUGGAGAUCGAGAACCUCCUAGAGAUUACCUGCCUGAAAAAGAAAUGUCAGAAGAAUCAGAAGAAACAGCUCCAGUUCAGCAAAAGAAGUGGGGGAGUUUCAAGAAUACCAGAGACAUCACUGUUUGUACGUGGAGGGAGAACAACAAUGCUGAAAGGAUUUUUAACCUGAUGCCAGAGAGAAAUGCACACUCCUACUGCACAAUGAUCAGAGGAAUGGUGAAGCACGGGGCUCAUGAGAAGGCUUUUGACAUGUAUACAGACUUGCUGAAUGAAAGGCACAGGGCCGAUGUAAACGCCUUCAACGCACUAAUCUUAGCAGCCACAAGAAUGAGAGAAAAAUACUUUGAAAAAUGGAGAGUUAUUAAGGACCUGCUGAAUUGCAUGGCUCAACAGAAUGUGCAACCCAACGUGUUAACGUUCAAUAAUGUACUGAAAAGUCUGAAAUAUUGUGGUGGCAUAGGAAGGGGUGCUUCCUCACACGUACUGAAUGAAAUGAAAGCAAUUAAUAUAGAACCCAGCCUUGCAACAUAUAAGCAUAUCCUUGACAUAUUUGAUGCAUUUCCACAAGGCGUAGGAGAAGUCAUUGUAGAUGUGCUGAAUGAAGUUGAAAAGAAGAGUUUUGUUCUUCAGGACCCAGAUGAUCCCAAGUUCUUUAACUCAGCUAUGAAAGUGUGUGUGAAUCUCAAGGAUUUGAAGCUUGCAUAUAGAGUGCAUAGGGUUUUGGAGAUGGGAGGCAGCUGGAAAUGUUUGCCUGUGAAUGAGCAAUAUGUAUAUUGUGCACGAUUCUUAAAUUUGCUGUGCAUGAUGGAACAAUUUGAUGUCUUAAUGAAGUGGUAUAAAGAAAUGAUCCCUUCGCUGAUGCACCCAACUGUGAAAACAAUGCAGAGUAUACUUCAAGCUUUGGAGGCGGCCAACCGCAUGGAAAUGUUCCCGCAGAUCUGGGAAGACCUCAAGCAGUCUAAUCAGAGCUUCAGACGUGAGAUACUGAAGCAAGUUUUGGCUAUGAUGACCAGGGAGGUGUACCCACAGGAGAUUCAGAUGAUGUUUGCUAACUGUGCUGCAGAAAUCAAAUCUGCCUUUGAAGCUUCAGGAAUAUGGACAACCAGCGUUCUGGGUGACAUGGCCAUAGUAUUCUCCAGGGCUGGAAGAACCCAAGAUGCCUGGAACAUGUUGGAACAGUUAGCAAAACAGAAUUGCAUCCCUAGUGUCCUGGUGCUGGAUGAGGUCUUGAACUGCAUCAUACACAGCAAUCUCCCUGACCAGGCCCUCAAGCUUGUAAAGAUGGCUGCUGCCUUUAGUUUGCCAUCCACCCCAAAGCUCGCGCGCAGGGUACUGGAGGAGUUUGAACUCUCUGAAGAACAGAAGACGUUUUUGAAGAACAUUAGCGGUGAUAGUGAUAGUGACAGCGACAGCGACUAACGAUUAUCUGCCUCGCAAACAAAGAACGAGACACUUCACUGCUUCGUUCUAGAGCCAAGUGAAAGGAAGCGAGAGAACUGUGUGGGCUGUGGCAAUAACCGUUUUGCAUUGUGGGACAAAGGAUUUGACGGACCAGUCAGACGUAAGACAUAGUAGAAGCUUGUGCUGUUCUGUAUGAGGAUUGAACAAGUUCUCCCAGCACUUCUCUUCUGGGAACCAGCAGAGGAGUUUCAACCCUCCUACUCCAACUUUCUCCAGUGUAUGGUGGGACAUACUCCAAUGAAGGAAUGCACCACUUGUACAAACCCUACUGCUAUGAUUACUUUACAGACCUGCUGAAUGCAGCCUCUGCUCUUGCAUCCAUUCCUACCACUCUGUACAAAAUAAUGCCAGUUUGUACUGGGUGCCUCUCUCACCCUUCCCCAGCUGCUGUUCUGGAACAGUGGGUUACAGUUGCUAGAGCUGUGAUAGCUGCCAUGUACGAUGAUGGUCUAUAUAGUUUGAGGCUUCCUAACGAGUAAAAAUGGCUGCUCCUAGUUCAACUCUA